CGAUUCUCCCCUCUCCCAAAUCAGAUUUUUACUCUUUUUUCUCCCUAAAACACAGCAGCUCUUGGUCUUUCUUCCUCCCCACCAAACCGUGAGCUCCAACCCCUCUCAACUCUCAUCUCUUCUUCACACAAGCUCGGAUUAGCAUGAGAAUGGGUUGAGCUCGUGUGGAAGACAAAGAGGAAGGGUUUCAAGGGCUGAAAAUAAUAGCUUGAACUUGGAUCAUGGGUUUUGCUUCCAAGUGAAAUUCCAUCAUCUACAAGCCUAGAGUAGCGAUUAUCAACAUCAAAGGGUUCAAUUUACCAAUUAUUCCAAGUUUCUUUUUCUGCAUCAAUGGAGUUCAACGACGACGAGGCCCCACGUGUUUUUGUUGCUGACGACUCUCUUCUGCAACGAAAACUCCAAAAAAGAAGAUUAACAGAGCUUACACCCAAAGAAGAAAGCCAACUUAAAGGUAGACUGUCAAAGCUACCAAAGGAUUUGAUAAAUGAGGUUGGAAAGCGAUUGAUAAACUAUGUUGAUUAUGUCCGAUUGCGGUCAACUUGUAAGUCAUUGAAAUCCAUGCUACCAAAUACGCCAAACCACCAGCUCAGUCAAGUCCCGUGGCUAAUGCUCCCACACGACAAUGUGAGUAAAACACGUUUCAGUUUCCUUAACCCAUUAGAAAAUAAGAUGUAUAACUUUGACAUUCCGGAAGUAAAGGGAAUGUUGUUGCAAGGAUCGUUGUAUGGUUGGAUACUCGCCGUUGAUGGGUAUCCGGAGUUGUGUCUAAUUAAUCCGUUCACCAGGGCUCAAAUUCAGCUACCACCUCUAGACACCUUUCUAGAUGUUUUGAGGUUUGAUCCUAAUGUACCUAAUAAAGAAUAUUUGAUUUCUGGAAAAAGAUCAUAUCUUCAUAAUCAGAAAACACAUGCGAGAGGUGUGGCUUACUUUCGAAAAGUUUUUGUUCGUAAGGUUGUCUUGUCGACGAAUCCUACUUCUAAUGAAUUCACGGCCUUGGCCAUUUACGGUGAGUUUGAAGAAUUGGCCUUUUGCACAAGUGGAGAUAAGAAAUGGACCAAGUUAAAGGUUCCACGAUUUGGUGAAGAUGUCUUGAAGGAAAAUUUUAUGUUUUAACUGAUCGUAGAGAAGUUUGGAUUAGUGACGCUACUUCUCUGCCAAAGAUGAUGAGAAUUGCGCCGCCCCCUCCACGAUGUGUCCCAAAUGCGUGUUGGUUGGUGCGAAUGACAUCUGGUGAACUUGCAUUUGCUAAUAUAAAAUUCAAAUGGAAACCAAUAGUUGGUGAUCUCGAAGGAAGAGAUUAUUAUAAAACGGCUCACUUUGUAGUCUUCAAGCUAGAUCAAACACAGUUGAAGUGGACCGUGGUAACAAGCAUAGGAGACGAUGCCUUCUUUAUUGGAAAGAAUAACUCCUUGUCCAUCUCAUCUCAAAAUCUUCCUACUGGUUGGAAACAUAAUUGUAUUUACUUUUCGGAUGCCUACACUGAAGGCCACAUAGAUGGAAUUGUAGGUGGUUAUGACAAUGUUACGUAUAACUUGGAAAAUAGAAGAAUUGAGUCAAUUCCAGAAUAUGUAAUAAGUGAUUCUUUGUUGGUAUCGCCUGCACCAAUUUGGGUUAUUCCUAAUCCAGCUGCAUAAGGAAAUAAAAAUGUAUUUCCUAAGAUCAACAAGGAUGGUUAAGUUGUUGAAAUGACGGAAAACGCCAUCCCUUUGCAUUUUGGUUCAGAUCUUUGUGUUCAAAUUGUGAUUUUUGAGCUUUAGAAUUUCUAAUACGAUUGCUUGUGUAGCAUUAUGAUGAACAUGCAUUUUAGCGUAUCAAUGAGAAAAUCACCAAAUUUGAUGAAAAUUUGGGCUGGCUUGAAGGGUUUAA